AUGGCUGGAAUUUACGAGAAAAUCUACGAUCCGAAAACACUGGGACCAAGUCCAGGAAUAUCAGAAUACAACUCAAGCACAAUUGAAGAUAUUGGAACGUGCCUGUGCAGCCUUGACUCCUGCGAUUAUACCAAUAUUUAUGACAUGCUUGGGGACGUGCCGUACGAUGUCGCUUACAACAUUUUGGACAGUAUCAUUCGCGAAUUCAAUUUCACCUGCCCGGUUAUAUAUCAGAUACCAUCGGCAAUCGAGACACCAACAAAAUACGGUCUUACCAUACUCUUUUUUCUGACCGUUGCUCUCUCGAUAGUGGGAAAUGUUGUUGUUAUAUGUGUUCUAACUUUCGGAGCAAGAAAAAAACGAGACUUCAAUAUUUUUCUAUUAAAUCUGGCCGUCGCUGAUUGGACCCUGGCCAUAUUCUCGAUGCCAUUCUCAUUUAUCAACGCAAUGCAAGGCGAGUGGAUCUUCGGAGGAUGUGUUAUGUGCUCGGUGACUGCUUUUAUAAAGAAGGUCUCUGAAGCUGUGAGUAUCUUCACAUUGACUGCCAUUGGUAUAGAUCGAUAUUACGCUGUUAUGUACCCGCUGAGAAACAGGAUGUCGUCUUCGAGACCGAGAAUAGUUAUCGGAGGAAUUUGGGCGAUAUCAACCUGCUUAUCGGUGGUCAAACCAAUUGUAAGCUAUACAAAAACAUACCCGCUAGACAUGUAUAGUAACAACACUGUUACCAUCUGCAAGGAGUGGUGGCCCAACGAUACGCUCCAAAUAGUAUAUGAGUUGACUCUAUUCGUUGCUACGUACGUCGCACCACUGACUGUCCUCUCAUUUACAUACACUAAAGUGGCUAUGAAACUGUGGACGAGGAGCAUUCCGGGCAAUGCCGACCAAGGCCGAGACGCCAGUCACAACAGAUCAAAGAAAAAGACUAUCAAGAUGCUGGUAUCGAUCGUAGUUCUGUUUGCCCUCUGCUGGAUGCCAUUGAAUCUAUUCUAUCUAAUAACUCUCUUCAACGACAACACAGUCCAUGAGUACAGUCAACAGAAGGCAACCACCACGGCAUACUUGUGCGUUUUAAUCUGGAUAGCAGUGACAGACAGCUUCAUCAAUCCAAUCAUAUACGUGUUUCUAAACGAUGGCUUCAGGGGUGAUAUGAAACGAUUUUUUCGACGAGUCUGCAAAUUUAGCCUUGGUACUGACAGAAAAUGUGACCCUAGGACAGGCAUGCAAAGUAUGUCAUCGCGGUCAACGUUCAGUAGAUCGACUCGGCAGAGAACUAACCAGGAAUUAUGCUCUCUGAAGACCCUCUCACCAUCGUUAAAUACCCUUCACAGUCUGAAGGUCAACGAAAACGGAUUUUGUAACGGUAUAUAUGAUUACAGAUCUGCAUCGGCAUCAAGAAGCACCUCCUGUACUUCUGAAACGCUAAAAAUGUAA